AAACAUCAAACGCCUUCUAUUUGUCUCAAAUCAUCUGUUAGCUGAUGAGGUAACAUAAUGAAGACUGGCAAGUACCAGAAACACAAAGAUAAGAUUCUUUUCAAGUGUUUCCUAUAUAUGCUAAUGAUAUACAACUUGCUAAGCUUGAAUCUUUGCGUCUGCCUAUCUUGAAGAAGCAAUUAAACCGAUAAAAAACAUAACAUGAUUGCUGGUUUCUCUUUCUCCUUUUAGGGCUUCCUCACUGGCAUUUGGAAUUUUGGCAAACCAGUGAUGAACUGUCAUUUGCCUUCAACAAGAUGCAUGAGUUCUCCACUGCUGAUGGUUUUGUGGAGAUAACUGAAAGUCUGGCGGAGAUGAUCAAGUACGUGGCAAAUGAACCUUCUGUAGGCCUUUUCUAUGUUCAGCAGCACAUUCAAAAUGCAGUUCCCAAUGUAGUUAGCCUCAAGGAUAAUGUUACCGAGAAGUCGCAUGAAACAGUUUUGCACACUGAAGACACAGAAGAUUCUAUCACCAUGGUGAGAUCAAUGAAAAAUUGUGGUUUAUCCAUUGCUGAUGAGAUGAUAAAAGACAUCAGGAAAUCUCUAGCACAGAUAUCAGAAAAACAACCAAGAAGGGGACUAAUUCGUAGCUCAACUUCAGGCUUUCGAAUAGGAAGAACUAGUUCGUGGGGACCAACCACUUGGGGUCAUAAUGGAGUCCAGCAGGAAACCAAAAGAAACAGUAAUUAUUUUUCAUCCGUAUUUAAGACUGCAAAAGAAAGGGCUAGCAAUUUCAAGUGGCCUCAGCUUGAUCUUAAAGAAUCAACACCAACCUUGGGUGAGAAGCUACUUUCUCGUCCUACUCCACUGCAAUUGGUUGCAUCUACUAGCACUAGUUCAUCCAUGCCUGAUUUUGAAUUUGAUGAACUCCCUCUGUCAAGUCUUGCUGCUGAUGAGCCACUAGAAGAUGAUGAACAAGUUGAGAUGAACUUGCCAUCUCAUACUUUAUUGUCACAAUCAGGAAACUUUGAUGAGUUCAAGGCUGAUAAAGAAGCAAAACUAGAGCAGUGGUUAGAAGAAACUAAUAAAACUGACAGCCGGGGUAAACUGCAAGAGGGAGAGUGAUACCAAAGUGUGUUUUUUUUAUUCCUGCUUUUUCAUUUUUUCGGUCUUUUAGCAACUUUUUAGAUGCUAAGAAGACUUCUACUUGUACAACCUGUUGUUUGUAAUAUACUUGUUCCUUGAUAAUAUAUAUUUGAUUAUUUCAAUAAAAAUCUGCAACUAGAACCCUUCUGGUGGUUCUAUAGAGUUCUGGUA